AUGAUAAGAGUCUACUACUUCUAUGAUAAUGGCACAUGGGAUGUGGGUAAGUUGAAUAAUGUGUUGCCGGAAGAGGUUGUGGCGGAAAUCCUAAAAAUCCCGAUAAAUCCAUCCAAUAUAGAUAUGGCAUAUUGGGCACCUACUUCGAGUGGGCAAUUCACGACUAAGUCCGCUUGGGAGAUAAUUCGACAACAACAGUUAGUAAAUCCUGUGUUCAAUUUAAUUCGGCAUAAAAGCAUUCCUCUUACCAUUUCUUUCUUUCUAUUGAGGUUGUUACAAGAUUGGAUUCCAGUCAAUUUGAGGUUGAAAACCAAGGGUUUCCGGUUGGCUUCUAAAUGCCAACAUUGCAACUCAGAGGAGUCUCUCUUGCAUGUCAUGUGGGAAUGUCUUGUUGCUACACAGGUUGAACAAAAUUAUGCGAAGCAUAGGAACCUUGGUAUGUAUUUCAAUAGAGUGGUGUGGAGAGUUUUAAAACUCAUCCAGCAACUAUUCCAAGAGAGGCAAUUCCAUCGUUGGCAAUGGAGGGGUGAUUUACAGAAUGCUCAGGCAUGGGGUCUAAUAUUUCAACAGGCAUCACCACAUCCACCAAAAAUAUUUUCUUGGCACAAACCAUUAGCAGGUGAGUUUAAGUUAAAUGUUGAUGGUAGUUCCAAGGAUAAUUUUCAAAAUGCUGCUGGAGGAGGACUUCUUUGGGAUCAUACAGGUACCAUGAUUUUUUUAUUUGUUGAAAAUUGUGGACCUUAUAAUUCAUUACAGGCAGAGUUAAUGGCACUACAUAGAGGUUUGCUUUUAUGCAUUGAGUAUAAUGUUACUAGACUUUGGAUAGAAAUGGAUGUAAAAGUUGUGGUACAAAUGAUACAUGAGGGCCAUCAGGGUUCUUCCAAGACUCAGUAUUUGCUAGCUUUCAUCCAUAGAUGCUUGAGUGGUAUGUCUUUUCGUAUUUCACACAUCCAUAGAGAAGGGAACUAG